GAAGGUGGCCAAUCGCAUGCGUCCAGUAGCAGCGACCGGAUACAGCCACUCGUGAUUAAAAAUCACCCUGCAGCCGGGAGACAUUUCAAUGCGGCAGACGCAGUACGCAAGCAGCUUGCAGCCAUUGCAACACGAGGUUAGCUGAGGCGUCAACAUGGCAAAUUUUGCCAAAGCCCAGCUCUUGAAGUACGGAUGGACAGAAGGCAAAGGUCUUGGGAAAAAUGAAAGCGGUAUUCCAGAGCCUAUAAAACCCAAGUUAAAAUUCGAUCAUGCAGGAAUAGGUCAUGAUUCAGCUGAACAAUUCACAUAUCACUGGUGGGAAAAUGUGUUCAACGAAGCAGCUAAAAACAUAUCAAUUGAUUCAAAUGAUCAGGGGAUUUCAAUGAAGGUUAUUGAUGACGAUACACCUAAUAUAACUACAAAAAAAUCAAACCUCAAAGUUUUGCAAAAAAAGCAGAAGCUCCAAUAUGGGAAUUUCUUGAAGACCUCUACACUCUUGAAUGAUGGGAAGGUAAUCAACGAGAACACACCACAUAUAAAUAUAGACACCACUGACAACAAGAUGAAUCAUGUGGAAUUAACGGAUGAAGAAUUGUUUAAAGCUUGUGGAGGAAGAACAGCACACAAAGGUGCAAGACAUGGGUUAACAUUAAAUGGGAAAUUGGCACGAAUUGCGAAGCAAGAACAGCAGCUGCUAGCAAAAAUGAAUCAAAUCAAAGCAGAGAAAGAUGCCUUGAGUUGUAGUCUUGCACAAGUGAUAGAGGCCACUUAUAACUUUGAUAAUGUGAGGCUUAAAAGGCAUGCCAAAACUAAAAAGAAAAUAGCAAAAACUGAUCGUGAAUCAGUAAAAAAUGCUAACGAGCCAGUAAGUGGUACAGGGCCACAGCCAAGCUGUUCCUAUGCUGAAUGUCCCAAUGCCGAGGACAAUUCAGAUACACCGAAUUCUAAUUGGAAAAAAAAGAGGAUCGAAACAAGGAAACGAAAGUCAUCGAAUAUUCUUAAAGGAUCAGUGAAAAUUGAUGUAGAUGUCAUCGAAAAUCAGUGUAAAUGGCUAGAUACUAUUGAGUCUAAUCAAUCAGUGCUGAAUGAUAAUGCAAACGCCGUUGACGAAGACAGUGAGCUUGUGAUUCCACCACUAACUAAAGUGCCAAGACUGCAUGUAAAAUCGAAGAAAAGUCGAAAAAAAGAAAAGAGAAAAAUUAACGACCUAACAGAACAACUGGACAACUCCUGUAUGAUCGAUGAAUCUAUAAAUGUAUCCAGAAAACGGAAAGGGGAGAGUCGCGAAAUCGUUAAUGAUAUACUGACAACCAUUUUUGAACAAUAUAGUUCGACAGCCAAAAAAUGCAAACUACAUAAGCAGGAUAGUGUUAGCGAUGAAGCACAUAAAUUGAAUAGCAGAAUUUUCAAGAAAAAAAGAAAUGCGCACCGAUGUAAAGACAAGCAAAAAUUAGAGCGUAUCACGAAAAAGUUAAUGUCAGUUGAUUUAGGGAAUAAAUUUUGAAAAAUGGAAAAAAUGUGAAGCAGUCUAAUACUAAAGUACAUUGCAUCAUGCAAAACUUGGACACUUGAAAUCUCGUAAUUCAAAAAUGUACCUAAACUCUGCUGAUCGUUUGGUACUCAUAUCGAUGCCGAAAGAUUCGAGGCAUUGCACAGCUAAAACCAGAAAAAUUUUCUCAAAUCUGGAAAAGUCCAAUUUCAAUUUUUCGAAGGGCAAGAAACGUACAGUUUUGAAGAACUUUCAAUAUUUUCCCAUAUUUAAUUAGUUAUUUAACAUAAUUUGUGUAUGUUUGUUUAGUCAGAUUUAACUCGGAUAAUACUGGAUUUAGUUUCUUCAUCAAUACAAAUACCCACAUUUGUAAAAGUAUUUAUAAUAAAAAACUUGCAAAACAUACUUAGUAUGUAGAACGAAUACAUAUUGUCAAAAACGAAACAGAAGUAAAUCUAAAGUAAAUAUUUUCGUUCCGAAUUAAAAAACUAAUGCAAGAUUUGUUCCACUGUAACUAGGUAACUAUUUAUGCAUCAUAAUCCAAUAAACCAAGGUAUAAGUCUGUUCAUAGAAGUUUAUUUUCAUCGGUUUGUCAUUUUAUAAAAUUAGUACUAGUGGUGGUAGUUAUAAUAAUAAUGUGUCUAAACGGUUUUUGCAUCUUAAAACUGUCGGUUGUAAAAUUACUAAAUGGUUGAUAAUAUGCAGAUGCUAUAUCUCAGCUUGGAAAUUCAGAGUGAAAAGUAGUUGUCCUUUGCAUGAAUGCCAGACUUCUGAUGUAUGAAUAACUAAUGACUUACUGGAUGUAUUCGACGGAUUUAUUUUUGCACAACAAAUGUACAAAAUAAUAAUAAUAAUAAAAAAGUAGUUAAAUAUUAUGUUAAAUAGAUACAGUCUGGUAAAGAUGUGAUUACAAUUUGCGUAGAUCGAGGACGAAAACACUUCCAUCGGAGGCAGAGGCCCCAACUUUGUCUCCACGACUGUUCCAACAUACUUCAAAGAUUCCACCGGUGCCUUUGUAACUAUGUACCAGCUGCCCACUCUAAAUGAUUGAAAUCCAGAUUAAUUCGUCAUAAACAAGUUGAACAUUUCACGAAAGAUGCAUUUUUUAGUAAUAACAAAACAAUUAUCAGUUGUCGCAUUUUAUGACAAAUUAUUCUUCAUAUAAAUCUAUGAUCAAUGGAUUGAAAUUCGAUAUCAGAAGUGUAUAUACGAGAAGGCGACUAUAAAAUUUUGGGAGUUUAUAUCUCAACCAGGUAUUCAAAUGGCGUGUGAACUUGUUGCCAAGCGCACCACUCAAUGGCGCAGAGAACAGUUUAGCAGCAACAUUUUCUAAGGUAGCUGGUUGUUUUGGCUCGUUUGGUUGAUUCUAUAUACCAUAAUUAGAUAAACUAAUUUCAAUUAGAUAAAAACUUAGUUGUUGCAAAUUUACAAAAUUCGGGUGUAUUGGUUUUUUCAUCUAUUCCUUCUUAUUUCAUCGUCUCAAUAAACAUCAUUGAUUCCACUUUCAUGAACAUGAAAAACAGUAGGUCUGGUCUUUCGUCAUGUCGUUCACAAUCACAGGCGUGUAAUGUAUAUGCUACCUUAAACUGAGGUAGCUGAUGACAAAUCAGAAUUUACUGAAUUUCGAUAUUUGCGUAUCAACAAUACAAAGUACAUGCUGUUCUUAAGCAAAUGCAGUUAAGGCUGAACAAUAAAAUCACAGUUAUAGAAUGA